AUGAAGGAAGAAGCUAUCGAUUAUUCAAAUGGCCCAGGGGACAAAGUUGUCCAAGCAAAAUCAGCUACAGUUGACAUCCUCCCUUUGGAGAUCUUAGAUCUCAUUGUUGAACAGCUGUCAGGAGGGGGCCCCACGUCGAUUAUGGACUACUACAAUUGUGUAAAGGCACUUGGUCGGUUCAGCCCUGCUACAUGCGAUUGCCUGAAAAAAAAGGUGUCGAUCUUCGCACCAUCGGUUAACGAAAGCGAGUUUGUACGAACGCUAGGCAAUCGUGACAAUGCAUUACGGGAAGGAAACGAAGUUCCGGUAGGAACGUCUCAUUUGCUUCUCCACGUUGACGAGCGAUGGCUGGCCACGGAAGACAGACAAUUCAUAUCGUUGGCAAAUGAAAGCACCCAAGUUUCUGUGGUCAUUAACGUCAAAGCUGGGCUGGUGUCGUUUCUUCGCUUGGGAAAGCUGCUUCGCUACAAGUUUCCCACCAUAGGCACUUUCCAUCAUGUUCUGAUGGAGUGUAAUUUUGAUACUCUUGACUGCCACGAAGAACGUCUCGACAUCUUUAAAGAAGAAUACUACCCUCGUGGCGACUUGCUAUUUGAGCAUCUCACAAUUCUUAAUGUGGAAACGUUGCGGAUGAGGGAUGACGAACUACAUGAAUUCGUCAAGCUCACGCCAGCAAGGCCAAUUGAAUAUGCACCUAGCAUAGCUACCUUUUUGCAGGUAAAUGUUCACAUGCCCAGUUUGAAGUCACUUGUUUUCGUGAAUGAUAAGAAUGAGACUUCAUGGAACAAAAUCUCUCUAACUCGGGAGCAGUUUCACAUUUUGAAUCUCAAGGAUGUAAGACUGGCGGAGUAUUUCAGCGUUCACUCUCUCAGAAAUUGGGACUUGCCAAAGUUAAGGUAUUUUAGUGGGCAUGAGCUCCUCUUCAAUGAAUGCAAGAAUUCAUGUGGAGGUUGUCGGAGUCGAUUUCAACGUAGCGCCGCGAUGAUGGGAAAUCUAAGACUACUACGUGAUAUCGCCAUUAGGGAAAACCCAGAUGGAUUGUCACAUUUUAAUGUGAGCUUAGUUCCCGAGGGUGUUUUAGAAACCUCAAUCAUAAACUGGAUACCUUUCGAUGGUGUUCAACAUGAACAAGCAAUUGCUCCGCCAUUUUGUAUACAUCAAGAGACCCUCCGAAAAUUACAUCUUGGCAUAAUCAAUUGCAAGCGCGGCGGUACCUUGAGAGCCGAGGGUCUCUACAUGCCUAAGUUGAAGGAGCUAGAUAUUUCAUUUUCCGGCUGGUGUCCCACACAUUGCAAUCCCGAGGAGUUGUGUAUGUUCACUUUUUCAACGUGGAAUAACUUACCCGAAUGCCGCAGUUUGACAUUCACGGACAACUCUUCUUUCGGGCCCAAUGUUGUGAUUACUGUUGAUGGAGCAGCUGCAAUUCUCCCGAAGUUAGUUGAGUGUGAGGGCUCGUCUCGUCCAACCUACCCUCCGCGGAUUCUAGUGAUAUGA